GGGCUCACGCUGCCACUACAACCGACGGAAAUGGCGGUGACGGCCAGGCGAGCAGCGUGAAGUGCUGAUGCAUUACAUGGAUCAAAAAAGGAAAACAACCCGACAGCCAAUACAUUGUUGGACAACUGACAAUGUCGUCGAAGUAGAGCACCGUUUGUAGUUGUCAUCACAAACCCAUAAAACCUUCCCGGGGAAGUUUUCAUCUCGUCGGCGGAGGAGUGAAAAUCUCAACCGAGAGCAUGGCUUCUUCCAGCACUCAGUAUAUCUUCGGGGAGUUCAGCCCUGAUGAGAUCAAUCAGUUUUUCGUGACUCCUCGAUUUUAUGUUGAGCUUCCUCCAUUCAAUGACAAGGUUCAGUGUGUUAGUCAGUCUUCAGGAAGUUACUGCACUCCUGCUGUACCUUUUAUUAUGGAGUCUAUGGGACUGCAGGUUUGCGCAGAAGACUAUCAGCACAUUGAGUUUGGAGUUGACGAGGUGAUUGAGUUCAAGCCGGUUCCAGCGAACGAUCCUUUGCACAAGGUGUCGAGCAACCUGAACCCUCAGGCUCCAGAGUUCAUCCUGGGCUGCCAGGCGGCGCCCAAGGCCCAGCAGGCGCCUCCUCCGGCGGCCGACGUCCCCGACGGGCGCCACUUCAACUCGCUGGACGGGCCCGACUCGGAGGCGUCGGCCCUGGACAAUCACCAGUCCUGCCAGGACAUGGACGGACUCGCCGGCAGCCUGGGACAGCGCGAGCGAAAGAAAAAGAAAAAGCGGCCGCCCGGGUACUACAGCUACCUGGACCCGUCGGCCAGCGGAGGCUCCGGCGGCGCUGAUGGAGCUCCUGUCGCGGCACUGGUGAACGGACACGCACUCGGAGGCCCACACCACGCUUCUGAGGACGUGGACAGUAAGGCGUUGUCAGCGGAUGAACUUAGUACCCCUGGACCUGCUUCCAAUGCAACAUCGACAGCAUCCGCGUUUGCUCCCACAUCCACUGCCACUCAGAGGACUUGUGACAGCCCUGAGGACUCUUCUUUGGACUUGACAGGUGGCGCUGCCUCUUUAUCCGACGUAAACAAUGCAACUUCCUCCUCCUCAUCCUCCUCUCAUAGCAGAGAGAUGACGGAGGGGUCAAGGACUGCCGACCAGCAGCUGGAGCAUUUGGCCCCGCAGAGCCCCGAUCUUUCAGAUACCCCACACAGCCCCCACUCCAAAUCCCCGCUUCCCCCCUCAGCUGCUGCAGCCACUUCCUCGGUCUUCAUUUCCACUACGACUACUGAAUUAGAGGGGACUCCGGCGGCAGACACCGGCGUGGCCAAUGGGCUGGAAGAGGCCGUCGCUUCAGAUGGACACAAAGACGACUGUGACAGUGGGGAGCAGGGUCAGCCUCUUAGCCCAGACUCUGUGACCCAGCCUUUAGUGGCGGAGCAGGCGAGCUCUCCCGCUGCUGCUGCUGCUGCUGCACCCACUGCCAACCCCCCCAAAUCCUGGGCUAGCCUGUUCCACAACUCCAAGCCUCUGCCUGGCAGCCCUCAGGCCUUUGUAGAGGUGAAAAAUAUCGUGGAAGUGGCAUCUCCCUCCCCUGCGACGCCAGAGCAACCUGAGAAGGUUGGGGAGAUUAAAGAAGGUCCUGUCCAUGUAUCAGAAGACCCAGUGGCCCCAAAACUUGCAGAAAUUAUUGAGAAUGUGAAGUUGAUACACAAACCAGUGUCUUUGCAGCCGAGGGGGCUGAUCAACAAGGGGAACUGGUGCUAUAUCAACGCUACCCUUCAGGCCCUGGUGGCGUGUCCGCCAAUGUAUCACCUGAUGAAGUCCAUUCCUCUGCAUAAUGAAAGAACGAGCACCUCCACACCCAUGAUAGACAACUUCGUUAGGUUGGUGAAUGAGUUCAACAACAUGCCAGUGCCAUCUAAACCCAAGCAGCAAACUGUUGGCGAUAAAGUUGUAAAAGACAUUCGUCCCGGCGUCCCUUUUGAGCCGACGUACAUUUACAAACUCCUCACUCUCAUCAAGUCGAGCCUCUCGGAAAAGGGCCGACAAGAGGAUGCCGAGGAGUAUCUCGGGUUUACCCUCAAUGGACUCCACGAGGAGAUGCUGGCGUUGAAGAAACUAAUCUCGCCUCAGGAAGAGAAAGCUCCUACACCCAACGGCCCAGAGUCCCAGCCAGGUGGAGAGGAAGAUGGAGCUGAGAAGGAGGAGGAAGGCAGCGAGGACGAGUGGGAGCAAGUCGGUCCCCGAAACAAGACCUCCGUGACCCGACAGGCUGACUUUGUCCGCACCCCCAUCACCGACAUCUUUGGUGGACACAUCAGAUCGGUGGUUUAUCAACAAAACUCUAAAGAGUCGGCCACUCUGCAGCCUUUCUUUACGCUGCAGCUCGACAUCCAGUCUGAGAAGAUCCGUACAGUUCAGGAGGCUCUGGAGACGCUGGUGGCCCGGGAGUCUGUGCAGGGCUACACCUCCAAAACCAAGCAAGAGAUUGAGAUCAGUCGGCGGGUAACUUUAGAGGAGCUGCCACCUGUGCUUGUGCUCCACCUCAAAAGAUUCGUCUUUGAAAAGACUGGAGGCUGCCAGAAACUGACAAAGAACAUCGAUUACCCCGUUGACCUGGAAAUCAGCAAAGAUCUCUUGUCCUCUGGAGUGCGGAGCAAAGUUAUGAAAGGCCAAAGAACUUACAGGCUCUUUGCAGUUGUUUACCACCACGGGAACAGCGCGACCGGCGGCCAUUACACCACUGAUGUCUUCCACAUUGGUCUUAACGGCUGGCUGCGCAUCGACGACCAGGCGGUGAAGGUCAUCAACCAGUACCAGGUGUUGAAACAGACGGCCGAGCGCACCGCCUACCUGCUGUACUACCGCCGCGUCGACCUGCUGUAGAGACGCCCAUCCACGUCCCCACACACACACACACACACACACACACACACACCACAAACAUGCCCAAAAUGCACUUCCAGACAAUAAAGUGCUUCUACAUACGACAAAAUAAAAAAAAUAAAAAAACACCAAACUAAUGAACAGGAACACUGCCCGACUUGUUCUCUUGCAAGAUUUUCCUCUUCUUCCCUCCUGUCCCCGCUUUCCAGAGAACCAGCUUUUCCAACGCCUUCUCCCGUCUCCCCAUGGGAUUUUUAUUUCAGAAGAGAAGCAAACUGCGUUCACAAAGAUUUUCCCGUGACUGCGCUCUCUUCUCUGUUCACCACUGCGUUGUUGUUUUUUUGUUUUUGUUUCACUUUUAAAGCAAAAAGGAAGGACUGCUGAACAGACAGGUGGGGGGGGGGGGGGGUACAGGUUGGGACCCGAGGCUCUCCUUGGACUGAGCCCACAGCCUGGCUCUGGCGAACAGUGAACUCACACAGGAGGAACUAUCUACCAAUACGCUGCAAGAGGACUGCAGGGGAAAUUCUCUUCUUCAAAUGACCUUUUUUUUCUUUUUUAUUUUUUUUUUUUAAAGGAAAUUACCUAAAAUGUCAGUGUUUGCCUUUUAGCAAAGGAGAACUGUCGGCCUAAUAAAUUAGCAGCAGUUUGAAAGCUUGAAAAGGCCCAGCACCAGCAGUAUCACCAGUCUCAUCCCCUCCCAAAAAAAACAACCAGAUUGUGUUCUCCUCGUGCCGCCGCCAUCACCUCCUCGUCCUCCUCUUCCAUUUUCUCACUUUUAUGAUGCUUUUAAACCUAGGUACAACUUGAGCCAUAAAAAAAAUACUACAAAAAAAAAAAACAAAAGCAGGAAAAGAGAGGUGGUGCUUCGGAUUGGAAACAGCUUCCUUGUUUUUUGAACGAUCCUCGUUGUGGGAUUUGGGUUUAGAUUUAGAAUAUUGUUGAAAAAGAAAAUCUAUUAAUGCGCUUUAGACUUUAAUAACAAAUAAGCUUCUCUGCACAGAGAAUGAACUGAUGAAUACAAUGUGAAAGGCGAAAUGCAUAUUUUACAAAUAUUUGGAUCCAGAUGUAUUAAAAACAGCAAAUUUAAAAAAAAAGAAACCGACCGGCGACAGUUCAGCUCCUCAACGAGUCCCGAUUCUGGUUUUUAAAACGCAGCUCCUGUCCGGGAGAAGAAGCAAAAAAGAUCGAGACAGAUUCCACUGCAAAACCCGCCCUGUUUACUUUUUAAAAAUAAUGUUCCUCAUCUGUUCUCUUUCUUUAUUUGCUCGUCAGAGGUAUCCACUUGUGUGCUUGGUGGUUUAUAAGUGCAGCGUUGAGCCACACGACGCUCUUUCCACCUGAACUGUGCUGCAAGUCGGGGGUAAAACUCUGUAAAACUAACAUCUGUGAAGAGCUAAGGACAUCCCAGCUGUUUUAUAAUCUCCAGAGAAGUGAUGAGUCAUGAGGGGGAGGGGGGGGGGCUAUAUCACUGCUGAGCUUUGCAUAGAGACCCUGGACAUGCACACAAAUGGAAAUCAUUUUUUGCUUUUGUUGAAAUGUUUUGGGUUUAUUUUGGAUGUUGCUCAUUUAAUUGAUUUUUUUUUUCUUGCCGUUACUAAAAUGUUUUUUUUUUUCUUUUCAUUUUUGUCAUUGAUUAGAUGUUGUACUGCUCUUGCUCCCUUUAGAAAAAAAAAAAUGCUUGCUUUGGAAUUGGUGUUUUCCAAAUAAUUGAAAAGUCUAAAGCACAAAAACAAAUAAAAUAGUUAUUUGCUUGAUAUUUAUUACUUUUUUUCUUCCUAUUUUUCCUUUUUAUUUUAAUUUUUUUUGUUUUUUACUCCAAACCCAUUUCAUUCCAGCCACCAGUGUCACCUUCACAGCCCAACACAUGAUUCUGAAGUCCAGUUUGUGUCUUCUCUCAUGUGGACUUUGCUUUGGACGCGCAGCGGUCUGGUUAGUGAAACAAGGCGUGCGGUUCAGACUGUUUUCAAUGGUACCUUUGCUGCAGGGUAACAAAUGUUCUACUUUUCAGAGGUAUGUGCAUUUAGAAUUAGUUACCAUGCCUUUUGAUUUCAAAGCUACACACUUUAGGCUUGUGACAAAAUUUUAAUAUUUAUUAAAAAAAACAACUAAAGAAAACCCUGAUAAUUGGAUUUUAUUUCUGUUCUCAGUGUUAGGUUGUAGGUUAUGAGGUCAAAUCUUUCCAGGUAAACCAAAGGACAGCAUUAUAUCGCCCCUACUGCCUUUCAUCAACUUUGUACUCCGACUCUCUUUUGCCUUGUCCAUUCGAGGUCUUGUCCGGCGUCGUCGCGCGCAGGAAAUGACGUCAACGGUUGAACCAUCACAACUUUUCACGUAGUUCAGCUGUGCUGCUGGCUUUUGUUUCUGCUCAGAAUCGACACUGUUAUUUUUGCUUAUUAACCCCUUUUUAUUAAAAGAAUGUUUUUCCUCCUUUUGGGGACUUGAAUCGGACGCCUGGAGUUUUCUGUUGUAUCUCGGUGUCUUGUUGGCUGGUAAGGAAAUGUUGCUGGAGAAACGGCUUCGAUGUCUUUUUAUUUCUUUUCUUUUUCUUUUCCUUUUUUUAAGUGUGUGCUCUGAACACUUUAGUCUGCUGGGAACUGUUGGGAUCUUCAUCCAGAACAAGAUCUGUUCAUUUUGAAGCCUUCAGCAUUCUAUUUUGUUUAUUGUUCAAUAAAGGAUUGUGCAAAAAAAAAAAAAAAAAAGCAGUUUGCUAACCACGUGUAGUCUGAAGAGUACCUGCUUUCUUAUGACGGAAACCCUUCUGCAGCUUCUAGACCUUGGACUGGCCAACACAAUGUGCACAAUAAACCAAAAUGUUCUAGA